UUUGAUAAAACGCCAUUAAAAGUCCAAAAUUUACGACUUUACCUCACACUUCUUCUCUCUCCGUAAGCAGCUCUCUGUAACCAUUAAGAUCACACAGAAGAGAACAAACCCAAAACCAAAAUCAAACAACGCCAUGGAAACGCAAGACAACGAGAUCGAAAACCUCAACAGCACCUCUUCAUGGAGUUCCGCCGCAAACUGGAACAUCGCCGGUGGCUCUCUCGUAAAUUGCGUCUCUUUCGAGUCGUCUUUUUCUCCGAUCGACGACGAGACUCUAAAGUCCACCUCUGAAUCCUCUCUUAUUCUGCACCCUCCAUCACCCGAUUCUGUCCCUUGCGAGAUCACCAUUAAUUUCACGCAGAAACAUGAGAUCCAGCAGGUUUAUGUUCGGAGUACUGCCCGAGUCUAUGAGAUAUACUACGCACCUGAUUUGCAGAGUGGCAAUGAGUAUCUCUGUACGGUUCGCUGUGGAAUUGCUGACAGAGAUGAAGAAGUGCUUCAUACAGGUGAUAAUGAAGAAGUACGUUCUACAAAUUCAAAUGGGUCUCUUAAGGACCCAUCUGAAGAAAACUCAAGAAAUGGAAAUGGUCUGAACACCAGUGAAGAUGACUGGAUUGAAGUGAAAGUCCCAGAUACUCAUGUGCUUGAUAAUAAAAUCAAAUCCUUGCCAUUAAAGUUGGGUUCUGCACAGGCUUUUUAUGAAGCUACAGCACAGAUUAGUGAUGCAAGCCCUUGUGUAUCGCUCACACUUCGUCUACUGUCGCUUGAGAGGAAAGAUUGUGUUUGUGUUGAUGAGGUCUACGUGUUUGCUGACCCUGUUGAUUCAGCUGAUUCAGAAAAUCAAGUGAGUGCCGUGGAAAGCUCAGCUGGGAGUUCCCUCAUGGCCAUGCUUGUGCCUACUCUUUUACAAUUUUCUAAAACAAGCGGUGCUCACCGAACACAAGACAGGGGCAAUUCUGAUACAUGGGAAAAACAGAACUCCCUAGAGAUUGGGUCACAAACAGUUGGUUCUACCAGUGCUGCAACUAAGAUUCAGGAGGAAGGAAAAGCCAGCAUACCUGAUCACCAAGAAGUAAAGGUUCAGGAUGUGAAUAGGGCUACUGUGGGUACAGCCCAAUUACAGACCCCGCCACUAGUUCCUUUUAGAGAAAGCAAACCUGAUUCCCCUCCAUAUAGUCAUGUAGAAAGAGCUGUGAACCAGCUUUGUUCUCGAAUGGGUAGAAUAGAGGAUCUGUUUUUGAGGUUUGAAGAAAAUAUGCUAAAACCAAUAAGCAGUAUUGAGGCAAGGCUUGAAAGGGUAGAGCAGCAACUUGAAGUACUCACAAGAAAAUCACAGAAUUCCGGGUUGCCAACAUGCUCAAGAUUCUGUGCACCUUCUUUCUCAUGCAUUGAGUCUGAAUCCAACUCUUUCUACAAUAGUGGAAAUGAUUAUCGCCGUUGGGAGGCUUUUGAAUCAGGUAAGAAUGACGUUCAAUUGGAUGCACUCCCGACCACACCUUAUGACAUGUCUGGUUCAAAUUCCCCUCAUUUGUUCCCAAGUCUAGUAGUAACUGCUCCUGAAUUUUCAAAUGGUGAUGAUGAGGAGGAGGAAGAAGAAGAAGAUCAUGAAUCAGAUGUAGUGGUAACUCCUUCAGAAAAUAAACCAAGGCCUGCUUUGACAAUUGAUGAUGCUUUAGCAUCUGCACUAGCUGGAUUCAUGUCUUUGACUUCAACCCAGCCUCAGAAAUAUACCCAAACCCUUUCGGUUAAAGCUCCUGAUUUUUUAAAUGAGGAAGAUGGUAGUGUUGACAGAAAAUCUCCAGCAAGUGUUGAAAAUGAUGUAGGCGCAGAUCCUUCCAUGUGCUCUGGUGCAAUUAAUGAGACAAAGAGCGUAAAAGAUUCAGUUGCUGAUUCAGUGAAAAGUUCUUCAGAGCGUGAGGGGAAUGUGAUAAGAUCUCCUAAUGAUGAGCACACUGAUAAAACACUCGGAGUUGAUGGACUGCACCAGCGUUAUGAGGGUGGAGAAGAAGGAAAACUUGUUGAUGGCAAGAGCAUUGGGAAUGCAGUUGAUCUAGCCAAUCGUGGCAUGAUGUCUAGAACUGAUUUUUGUCAGAUAACAGAAGAGAUUGAAAAUGGAGAAGUCAGCACGGAGAUAAGCAACAUCCUGGAUCUUGAUAAAACUGAUAUACCAAACUCGUUGCCUCAAGAUCAGACUGAUGAUGGACACGAUAACACCCAGGAAGAUACUUAUACAGAGUCUGAUUUAACUACUCCAAAGGAAGCGGCAGAAGAGAAUCCUGACAAAGAUAUUCUGAAGAAUAUCCUUGAACUUUCACGCGCUGCUUCUGUGGUGGAUUUUGGGACUCCAGUUCUGGAUGUGAAAUUUACUUCUCAGGAUAGUUACGAUAGCCCCUAUUUUUCUCUUGAAGCUCUUUUAGCUGAGUUGCCAGAAUCAAAGACCGAAGCUCCUUCCGUCAAGGAAACUGAUGAUGCGGCCCCGGUUGGUGAGGGUUGUAAGUUGAUUUUGGUGGAGGAUGAGGAGCCAGUUGGUCCUGCCCCCGAUGGUAAAUUCUCUGUGGAUAUGGAUUUCUAUAGUGUAGGAGAACCUUUGAGCAUGUGGGAUGACGAUACAUGCAAUAGCCAUGAGACAUUUGCAGCAAGUCUCAUUUGAUGACUCUGUCUCUUCACAACUUUGUUAAUCUUCUGUACAUAAAUCUGGGCUAGACACUAAGACAAGAGUUGGUUGUGUAAUACUGAUUGUGGUCUGUUUCUUCUCUUCGUCAUUACUCGUAUAAACCAAUUCGUAUUGAGGUAUUUUGAAUCCUCAAUUGUGAAUCGUAGAUGUGCGAACCCUGAAAUUAAUAUAUAAAA